CAAUCAGCUUCGACGGGGCGCUAUUUGAAAGCAGCCCGGUUGUUUACCUGCACGGUGUCUCGUGUCGGUGAAUCUGGUCGGUUGUUGUCGUUGAAUCUGAGCCAAUCCCCUUGUGUCGGUCCUCUCGUCAGUAGCAUGUCGUCAGUGGAGCUCCGAGCUGCGCUGCCCGCCGCGGACAACCCGCUGAAGAUGGGUAAACCCGCCGCCGCGGGGCCCCGGAGGAGAGGGGCCCUCGGAGAGAUCACCAACUUCCCCGGAGACAACGUCACCACGAAGAGGAUGGGAGCAGCCAAAGCAUCGGCCAAACCCUCUUGUGCCGUAAAGGCCAGACCUGCCGUGGUCCGGCCGGUUCCUCCGGUGGUUCAGGUCCAAGCGCCUGCACAUCCGGUCCCCUCGGUCCCAGAGGAGCCGGCUGACGUGUCCAUGAAGGAGGAGCAGGAGCUGUGCCGAGCCUUCUCCGAGCAGCUGCUCUCUGUGCAGGACGUGGACGAGCAGGACGCCGAUCAGCCGCAGCUCUGCUCACAAUACGUCAAAGAUAUCUACACAUAUCUGCACGUCCUGGAGGUGGAGCAGGCUGUUCACGCUAACUACAUGCAGGGCUAUGAGAUCACGGAACGCAUGCGCGCUCUUCUCAUCGACUGGCUGGUCCAGGUUCACUCCAGGUUCCAGCUGCUGCAGGAGACUCUGUAUCUCACUGUCGCCGUCCUGGAUCGUUUCCUGCAGGUCCAGCCCGUCUCUCGCAGGAAGCUGCAGCUUGUUGGCGUGACCUCCAUGCUGGUGGCCUGUAAAUAUGAGGAGAUGUUCGCUCCUGAGGUCGGAGACUUUGCCUACAUCACAGACAACGCUUUUACCAAGGCUCAGAUUCUGGAGAUGGAGCAGCUGGUUCUGAGGCGCCUCAACUUCCAGCUGGGACGUCCUCUUCCUCUGCACUUCCUCAGACGGGCUUCGAAGGUGGCGCAGUCGGACGUGGAGGGACACACUCUGGCCAAGUAUCUGAUGGAGCUGACCCUCCUCGACUACGACAUGGUGCACUACCGUCCCUCUGAGGUGGCUGCUGCCGCCCUGUGUCUCUCUCAGCUGCUGCUCGAGGGGCUGACGUGGUCUCCUGCCCAGCAGCACUACUCCACUUACGACGAGGCCCACCUGAAGCCCGUCAUGCAGCACAUCGCCAAAAAUGUAGUGACCGUAAACGAAGGAAAAACUAAGUUCCAGGCCGUGAAGACCAAGUUCUCCAGCAGCAAACUGAUGAAGAUCAGCCUCAUUCCUCAGCUCAAGUCAUCGACCAUCAAGAACAUGGCGGCUUCUCUGCUCGACCCCUGAGGACAGCGUGCACUUUAUUUUAGUUUGAUUGUUAUAGAUUUUAAUAAAAUGUUUUUAUCUUUUUUUUUUUUUUUUAACAGCAUCGUUUGUUCAGAGUUUUUGCUGCGAAGCUUCUGCGACGGUUGGUUUUGUUGCAGAAUUUGUUUUUUUUUGUUCAAUGUGUGAAGUCUUUUGAGGUUCUGAGAUAAAACCUGACUUCAGGAAACUGACACUAACGAUCUGGAGGCUCUUUCCUGGUGACGCAUUUCCCCUGAAACAUUUGCUUGGUACGGUUUUUCUCCACCGGAUGUUUGGUGGCCUGACUCGUUCUUCACUCAACAGGCCGACUGUCUUUAUUGAUCCAGGAUGACUUUGGACUGAGCCGAGAUCUGGAGCUUUGUACCCACUGUUCAUGUUUCUACCUCAGCGAGUCAAGAAAAGACCUUUUCUGACCGGGACCCUGAUCUGGCCAAAAACCAGAAGAUGUGUCUUUUUCAAUUUGUGCAAUAUUGUUCUCUUGUUGGAAUAAAUCUUAAUUUAAUUAAUUGAA